UAAGUGAGAUUCGUUGUCACUUCAUUCAGAGAAAGAGAGAAGUGUAUGUUGUUCGCGGAACUACAACACUACAAUGACCGAACAGCCAACCACUGUGGACAAUAACGUCGGGAAAUGUAUGCUGCACAACUGGGCAGAAGAGAGGGCCGUUGCUGCUCUCGACAUUCAGCAGACGAGGACAGAAAUCCAGAAACGUGGACACAGGGGGAUUCUCACGAUGGACCAGGAGUCUAAAAUGGAGACCGUUAGCACGCUGAAAGCAACGUACAUCCCUCCGAAAAGUCCAGGGGUGAGGCUGCGGGGCAUCAGAGGAGAGCUUUUGGAAAAACAUAUCGCCCAGAUGAUAAGAGAGAAGGUUCACGCUGAACUGAAACCACCGAGUCCCAAAACCGACUUCUGCUCCACAACCCAGAAGGAUUUCUGUGUGGAGGGAUUUGUGCAUCUUACCCCUCAAACAACACAAGUUCAUGAUUAUAAAACUGACCAAGCGGUCACAUUUUGGAGUGAAAAUUGCCAGCAAAUACAGGGUGUGACUGCCGUAAAGACCCUGAAAGCACCUUUCAGGAAGUCGGCCCAGUUCAGCACUCCCAUCAGUGAGCGGCUGGAUGAAAUCGAGCUUCCACCUGAUAACUGAGACUGUAUGUCAGAGUAUCACAUUGCAUCACUUCAUUACCAGUUAAUAUUAAAGUGCUAACCCAGCAUAUUCUCAAGACAGUGACACCUUUUUCUUUUGUGGAGAACAGUGAAGUCAAUGGAAGUAUCUUCAUCUACAAAUGAGAUGGUUAAUACAAAUCAGAUGAAUAUUUAGUUCCAGUAUUUCUGCCUGAAAAAAACACACAUCUAUAGCAUUUGCUCAUCUGAUGUCAUGUUGACAUAACAGACAGCAGUAGCUGACAUCUUGGGCCCUAUCUUGCACCCGGCGCAGCACAGCGCAAAG